AACUCUCUUCCCAAGCGACGACGAAGCACUGCCAGUCAGCCUCCAAGGACAACUGCCUGUCUCACACCUGGAAAAGUAAGUGUGUGUCUUAUCUCCUGGAUGUGGACCAUAAUGGGGAUAACUCGGGGUAUGCUGUUGCUCCUGCUGAUGCAGACUUUAACAGGAUGGACAGUUUCUCAAACAACAUCUGGUCCAACAUUGAGUGCUCCAGUGAGAGUGGUCAACUCUAACAGCAGCUGCUCUGGCAGAGUUGAGAUCUUCAACAACAACCAAUGGGGGACAGUGUGUGACGACGGGUGGGAUUUGAUUGAUGCUGAAGUGGUUUGUCGACAGCUGGGCUGUGGCCAAGCUCUGUCAGCACCAAGAAGUUCCAGUUUUGGACAGGGCACUGGACCAAUUUGGUUAGAUGAUGUUCAGUGUUCAGGAAAUGAGCUAUCGAUAGCAGGCUGUGCACAUGGGGGAUUCGGGAACCACAACUGUUACCAUGGAGAAGAUGCUGGUGUCAUUUGUACUCCAACCACUCCUACUCCAACCACACCUGCUCAAAUCACACCUGCUCCAACCACUUCUACUCCAACCACUCCUACUCAACCCAUUCCUACACCAACCACACCUACUCCAACCACUCCUACUCCAACCACUCCUACUCCAACCACACCUGCUCCAACCACACCUACUACAACCAUAGCAGCACCACCAAGUUCUCUAUUGAGACUGGUCAACUCUAACAACAGCUGCUCUGGCAGAGUGGAGAUCUUCCACAACGGCCUUUGGGGGACGGUGUGUGACGACAGCUGGGAUUUGAAUGAUGCUCAGGUGGUUUGUCGACAGCUGGGCUGUGGCUGGGCUGCGGCAGCACCACCCAGUGCAUUUUUUGGAUGGGGCCGAGGACCAAUUUGGUUAGAUAAUGUUGAGUGUUCAGGAAAUGAGUUAUCAGUAACAGACUGUGCACAUGGGGGAUUAGGGUCCCACAACUGUAACCAUGGAGAAGACGCUGGUGUCAUUUGUACUUCAACCCCACCUGCUCCAACAAUAGUAACACCACUAAGUUCUCUCGUCAGACUGGUCAACUCUAACAGCAGCUGCUCUGGUAGAGUGGAGAUCUUCCACAACAGCCAGUGGGGGACGGUGUGUGACGACAGCUGGGGAUUGAAUGAUGCUCAGGUGGUUUGUCGACAGCUGGGCUGUGGCAGGGCUGUGGCAGCAUUGCAAAGUGCAUUUUUUGGACAAGGUAGAGGACCAAUCUGGUUGGACAAUGUUCGCUGCUUAGGAAAUGAGCCAUCAGUAACACACUGUUUACAUCAAGGGUUUGGGUUCCACAACUGUCUUCACAGCGAGGACGCUGGUGUCAUCUGUCAAGAAAUUUCCACAACAACCACAAUUGCUCAAACCACAUCUGCUCCAACCACACCUACUCCAACAACACAUGCUCCAACAACACCUGCUCCAACCACUCCUACUCCAUCAACACCUUCUCCAACAACACCUGCUCCAACCACUCCUGCUCCAACCACUCCUACUCCAUCAACACCUGCUCCAACAACACCUGCUCCAACCACUCCUACUCCAUCAACACCUGUUCCAACCACUCCUGCUCCAACCACUCCUGCUCCAACCACUCCUACUCCAACAACACCUUCUCCAACAACACCUGCUCCAACAACACCUGCUCCAACCACUCCUACUCCAACAACACAUUCAUCUUUACCUUUACCUUUACCUUCAGUGAGACUGGUCAACUCUAACAACCACUGCUCUGGCAGAGUAGAGAUCUUCCACAAUGGCCUUUGGGGGACGGUGUGUGACGACAGAUGGGAUUUGAAUGAUGCUGAGGUGGUUUGUCGACAGCUGGGCUGUGGUAGAGCUUUGUCAGCACCAGGAAUUGCACAUUUUGGACAGGGCACUGGACCAAUUUGGUUAGAUGAAGUUCUCUGUUCAGGAAACGAGUUAUCGAUACUAGGAUGUCCACAUCAGGGAUUCGAGUCCAAUGACUGUUACCAUGGAGAAGAUGCUGGUGUCAUUUGUGAAGAAAUUUCCAUGACAACCACACCUGCUCCAACCACACCUGCUCCAACCACAGCUGCUCCAACCAUACCUGCUCCAACCACUCCUACUCCGACCACACCUGCUCCAACCACUCCUACUCCAACCACACCUGCUCCAACCACUCCUACUCCAACCACACCUGCUCCAACCACUCCUACUCCUAGCACAGCACCACCAAGUCCUUCAGUGAGACUGGUCAACUCUAACAACCGCUGCUCUGGCAGAGUUGAGAUCUUCCACAACGGCCUUUGGGGGACGGUGUGUGACGACAGCUGGGAUUUGAUCGAUGCUAAGGUGGUUUGUCGACAGCUGGGCUGUGGCAGGGCUUUGGCAGCACCAGGAGCUGCACAUUUUGGACGGGGCACUGGAGAUAUUUGGUUAGAUGAAGUUCGGUGUUCAGGAAACGAGUUAUCGAUAGCAGGAUGUGCACAUCAGGGAUUCGGGUCCCAUGACUGUUUUCAUGGAGAAGAUGCUAGUCUCAUUUGUGAAGAAAUUUCCACAACAAACACACCUGCUCCAACCACACCUGCUGCAACCACUCCUACUCCAACCACACCUGCUGCAACCACACCUGCUCCAACCACAUCUGCUCUAAGCACACCUACUCAAACUACUCCUACUCCAACCACACCUUCUCCAACUUUUACUACUACAACCUUAGCAACACCAAGUCCUCCAGUGAGACUGGUCAACUCUAACAGCAGCUGCUCUGGCAGAGUUGAGAUCUUCCACAACGGACAUUGGGGGACGGUGUGUGAUGACAGCUGGGAUUUGAAUGAUGCUCAUGUGGUUUGUCGACAGCUGGGCUGUGGCAGAGCGGUCGCAGCACCACACAGUGCAUUUUUUGGAUGGGGUUUUGGACCAAUUUUGUUAGAUAAUGUUGGGUGUUCCGGAAAUGAGUCAUCACUAACAGACUGUGCACAUGGGGGAUUAGGGUCCCAUGACUGUUACCAUGGAGAAGAUGCUGGUGUCAUUUGUGAAGUCCCACCUCCUCCAAGGCCAUCUACUCAAACGUCACCUUCUCCAGCGACACCUUCAAGCACACCUACUCCAACCACUCCUACUCCUACUCCAACUACUACUACUACUACUACUACAACCGCAGCACCACCAAGUCCUCCAGUGAGACUGGUCAACUCUAACAGUCGCUGCUCUGGCAGAGUGGAGAUCUUCCACAACGGCCGUUGGGGGACGGUGUGUGAUGACAGCUGGGAUUUGAAUGAUGCUCAUGUGAUUUGUCGACAGCUGGGCUGUGGCAGGGCUGUGGCUGCACCACAUGGGGCACAUUUUGGAUGGGGCACUGGACCGAUUUGGUUAGAUAAUGUUCGGUGCAGAGGAAAUGAGUCAUCAAUUACAGAUUGUGCACAUGGGGGAUUUGGUUCUCACAACUGUUACCAUGGAAAAGAUGCUGGUGUCAUCUGUGCAGGCCAACAACCACUAAUCCAGGACUCUCAGCUUGUUUGCACCCCUUAUCAGCUUGAAGUUGGUAUGCCAUUGCAAAGUCUGCUGUCGGCUGGUUUGAACGCGUUCUCUGGUCACCUGGCGGCCCCAUACUGUACCAGCUACACAGUGCGUGACAACACUUUGUGGUACCAAGUGCAACGUAGGACUGGCAUCUGUGGAACUGUAAUGAUGACCAACACCACCCAUGCCAUCUACAGCAACAGCUUGUUUUUCUACCCUCUAAGUAACGGUUCCUUCGUUCUACCUUCGAUUAUUCCGUUCUCCUGUGCCUAUCCCUUGGAAACCGAAACCAGCCUGAAUGCUGUAAUCAAACCUCAGCUCCUUCAGGGUGGCCUCGAGGGAUCAGGUACCAAAGCUAGAGCCUACAUGAAUCUUUUCCGUGACUCCAACUAUUCAUACAGCUACCCAGCGGGUCCGCUCUCUCUGCCAGUGGGCUCUGCCCUGCAUGUGCAAGUGUUUGUGCCUCUGAGUGAUCCAAGCUUCGCAGUCGUUCUGGAGGAGUGCUAUACCACUAACUCCUCAAACCCUGAUGACCCUGUGCGAUACUUUCUCAUUCAUUCCAGGUGCUCUACUGACUCUCGUGUUGUGUCAGUGGUUGAGAACGGCCUAUCCCUCCGUGCUCGUUUCUCUGCCCUGCUCUUCCCUUUCCAGGGUGACAACCCAAGCGUCUUCAUGCACUGCAGACUACGCCUAUGUGACAAGAGGAGCCAAAACUGUUUUCCACUUUGCAGAAGAAGAACUUAUCGCUCUCCUGACAACUCAACUAUGCUCAAAACUGUCAGCAUUGGACCAAUUGCCAUAGGAUGAGGCUGAAAACAGCCCAAAGGCUGAUUGAUUGAUUCUUGUUUUGGGUAUGACAGACAACAGACAUAAUCAGAUAGAGAAAAUACACUGUACUAUAAUUUUUUUCAGAUAUUGUAUGAUUUAAUAAUUCAAUGGAAUCAUUCUUUUGUAUAAUCCCUCAUAUUUUACCUUUUACACAUUUGUGUAAUAAAAUGACAAUAACAAAAAUAUUAGUAUUAAAGGAAUACUUCACCCACAAAACAAACGUGUUACCUUAAAUUCUUGAAGAGAACUAGACGUUCGUCUCGCAUGCCUCCAACACGAACUGAGAAUCAAAAAAAAGGAGAAAAGUCUUGAAUUGAAGUAAAUGGGGGCCGUGAUUAAGAACAGCAAAACUAUAUCAAAACAUCCGUUUACAACUCUCACACAGCUUGAGCAGUAUAAUAAGUGUCAUUCAUCCAGCCGUAUGUUCAUUACUUCCCAAACGCAUGCAUCUUCGCUAAAAUUUUAUGAAAACACGACUGCAUUAACAGUCUUAUGCUUAUGCCUAGGUGUGUUACACAUAAGUGCAAGUCUUAUUGUUGAUUGCCAUCUCAUUUGCCAUCAUCGCCAUCGCUGAGUCACACAGUAAUCAAGCUGCUGUUUCCAUUUCGGACUCGGAGUCUGCAGUCAAGUCAAGUACCUGAAGGCCACAAUAGUUGUCCAACACGCUUGUGAAACGGCGGUAACGUGAGCUGCAGAGGGUCAUGUCAAGGAGGUAACACACAAUUGCAAAACUCUCACAAGAUGGUUAAGGUUAGGUAUUGACAUUGAAUAGUUAAGGUUAGGUAUUGACAUUGAAUAGUUAAGAUUAGGUAUUGACAUUGAAAAGUUAAAAUUAGGUAUUGAUCUUGAAUAGUUAAGGUUAGGCAUUGACCUUGAAUAGUUAAGAUUAGGUAUUGACCUUGAAUAGUUAAGGUUAGGUAUUGACCUUGAAUAGUUAAGGUUAGGCAUUGACCUCGAAUAGUUAAGAUUAGGCAUUGACCUUCAAUAGGUAAUGUUAGGCAUUGACAUUGAAUAGUUAAGUUUAGGCAUUGACCUUGAAUAGUUAAGGUUAGGCAUUGACCUUAAAUAGUUAAGGUUAGGACUUGCUGUCGGGCAGAGAGUCUUGUGAGAGUUUUUGCAAGUUUUUGCAAUUUGCGGGUUACCUUCUAGACACGUCCACUGCAGAGGGGUACUCAGUUGGUUGCAAUCUGCAACCACACCACUAGAUGCAGCCAAAUCCUACAUACCUUUAUAAUAUUUGGGUUUAGUGAGGUUUAAUCUGUCCCUCACAUAAUCAAUCACAAUUGCUCUUAAAAGUGUGGAGAUGACAGUGGACUUCAGGAGGAGACCCCCUACACUGCCCCCAGUUUCUUUCCGCAGGCCGUCACUCUGAUGAACACAAUCAGUCAUACACAACACCAAAAUAUUCACUGCUGUUGUUAUAGACUAUAAUAU